AGCACGGGUUUAGCCGCCGACGAGGGUUUUCGCAGUGGCUACGCGGCGGUUAUUGCGAUUUUUACACAUUCGCCGUCACGUCGAUCGGCGGUCUUCGUUAUCGUCGUCGUAUUAGUCCACGACUGUUGUAGUCCGUGCAUAUUAUAUCAUAUUAUCUUACGUCUUCCGCGGGACGCGAGCUCGAGUCUCCGAUUAUAUGCACCGCCCCUUCGUCAUCAUACACCUCCGUCAGAGCAACCCCUUAAAACGACCGCCGGCAUACCGAUGAGUGACUUCCGACAUUAUAUUAUUAUUAUCAUAUGAAUAUAUAUUAUUAUACACACCCAUCGUAUAUACUUACGCGUUAGACUGCACGUCGGUCUACUUUAUAUAGGUGUAUGCACCCAUAGUGAAAACUUACAUUCGCCGCUGUCGUCUGACCGUAUAACUGCAGUCACGUGCCUCACCGUCAUACCUCGUACAUUCCGAUCCGUGCUUCGAGUCGAAUUUCAAACCAUUUCAUCGGCAUGACGUCGACGAGAACGUGUAACAACGACACUUCUUAAUCGGUGACUUUAUACCUACCACAGUCAUCGUGUUCAUUUCGAUAUAAAUAUAUGCCAGAGAUCGCCAGUUGUGCUGUAAAAAAUAUCAAAAUGGCCAGCACGUCCAGCCCGAUAUCGGACUUCUUUCGCGGUCGUCAUGUACUCAUCACCGGUGGUACAGGGUUCAUGGGCAAGGUGUUGGUAGAGAAAUUGCUACACUCGUGUCCAAACAUCGGAUGUAUAUACCUAUUAAUUAGGCCCAAACAAGGCCACGAUGUCAAGUCUAGGCUGGAUCAACUACUCAAUGCUGCGAUAUUUGAUUGGGUGAGGAAAAAUCAACCCGAGUCCUUAAAAAAAUUAGUACCGAUUAAUGGUGAUGUCACUAAGCACGAACUCGGCAUCAGCCCAUUGGAUCAAAACACGUUAAUUAAUAACGUAUCUAUUGUGUUCCACUCGGCAGCUACCGUUAAGUUCGACGAGGCGCUUAAACUUUCAGUAGCCAUGAAUUUGUUAGGUACUAAACGAUUAGUUGAGCUGAGCUACAGUAUGACCAAGUUAGAGGCUUUUGUACACGUUUCUACUGCCUAUUGUAAUUGCAAUCGACAAGAUGUUGAAGAACAUUUAUAUCCCAUUCCUGCAGACCCAGAAAAAAUUAUCCAAUGUGUCGACUGCCUCGAUGAAAAUCUUCUCGAAUCUAUAACACCAAAGAUUAUAAAAGGAUGGCCAAACACAUACACAUUCACGAAAGCAUUAGCGGAAAAGAUGUUGUUACAACUAGGCGAUAAAUUACCCAUAGUAAUCGUCAGACCUUCAAUAGUUACGGCAUCGUGGAGAGAACCGAUAUUAGGAUGGGUAGACAAUUUAAAUGGACCAACGGGUCUGCUAGCUGGCGCCGGCAAAGGGGUUCUGAGGACACUGCUGUGUCAUAAGGACUUGAUUGCUGACCUGGUCCCAGUAGAUAUAUGUAUCAACUUAUUAAUAUCGGCUGCCUGGUACACGGCCAUCAAUAGGCCAAAGGGCAUAGACAUCUAUCAUUGUACGUCGGGCACAACGAAUCCAAUUUACUGGAAAGACAUUGAACGGUUGGGCCACGAGUUCAUAUUAGAGAAUCCAUUUAGUGACAUUUUGUGGUACCCGGGUGGCAGCUUCAAAAGCAACAGAGUCUUCAACUAUUUGUGCGUAGCUGCUUUUCAAAUGGCACCUGCCUACAUCAUUGACGGGCUUGCCAAAAUUACCGGUAGACAACCGAGGUUAAUUCGAAUCCAUAAACGGCUACAGAAAGCGGUGUCGUGUCUAGAGUUCUUCACUACGCACGAAUGGAACUUUAAGAAUACAAACGUACAGAGGCUGUUCACCGAACUUGACCCCAAUGACCAAAAAACCUUUUACUUUGAUGUAUCGCAACUGGAGUGGCGGAGCUACAUCGAGUCGUACAUAUGGGGUACCAGGCAAUUUGUGCUUAAAGACCACCCAAGCACCGUUCCCAACGCCAAAUUGCGAUUAAGACGAAUGUACUACCUACACCGGACUAGCCAAAUGGUGUUUAUCGUGCUGGCAAUCAGAUACAUAUUACUAGGCAACAAGUCCAUCCGGCGGUUUUGGUACUCAGCUCUGUGUUUCCUAAUAAAAUGUAUCAAUAACGCUACUUCUUCUCUGCGUCUGCUGUAAGCCGCAGACUCGCAUUCAAUAGAAUAAUACUAUACUUUUACUUAUGUUUUAUACGCAGUGGUGUCCGCAUACGACAGCGCAAUGAUCGUAUAAUAUAAUGUAUCUUAACACGCAUUAUACAUUUCUAUAUUAAAAUAUUACAUUAUUUAGGUAUAUUUCUAGACGAUUACGUAUUGCUCGACGAACUUAAAUUCAAUCAAUGGUAUGGAUUAUUAUUAUAAUAUAUCAUCAUGUAUAUCAACCGGCCAUAAAUAAUAUAUUAUACUAAUUUGUAUUAUCCUGAUGAUAAUCUUCCCUAUUCCGUUAUACUAUACAAAAAAAGUAAUUAUAAGUUACAUUUUUAUUUAUUAUUUUUUUCCGUAUCCGUUACUAGUGAUAAUAUAGUUCAUAAUUUUUAAGUUCAUUGGUGAAUUAUGUAUGUUUUUUUUUAAAAAAAUAUUAUUAUUAUUAUUAUUAAUAUUCUUAUACUAUAACUGGCUUCUGCCAAUUUAAGGCCGUUUUAAACCUAAAAAUUACUUACUUGUAUUACAUACUUAGAUGUAAUGUAUAUUGAAAAACAUUAUCAUAUGAUCGUGGUCACAUUUAAUCUUCUGUUUUAGCAAUAAAAAACGAACACUGUACCUAUAUAUACCAAAAAGAUUAUGAUUGUUGGUCGGUAGUUUGAAACAAAUUUUAAAGAUUGAUUUGUUGAGGUUAGGAAUGAAAACGUUGCUUAAUAAAAUAUUAUAGGUAUAUUAUGAUAAUUAUUAUUUGUUCAAAGAUUGAAUAUUGUUUAUUACGUUAAUUAUAGCUGUUAUUAUUGAUAGUAAGUGGUAAAAUAUAAUACAAUUUUAUAUUUGUGCUUUAAAUUGCAUUGCGAUAAUAUUAAUUUAUACUCAAUUGUUUGUACACUUUGUUAACUAUAUAUUUGAUUUCAUUGUUAGACAAUAAUUUCCAUUUUAUACGAAGAUCAUUAUAUUAUAAUAAUAAUUAUUAUUAUUAUUUUAGCUGUUUCGAUAAUUAGGGUUGUACUGAUAUGACAUUGUAAAAUAGUCUAAAACUGGACUCCUACAAAUAUUAUACAUUUAAUUGAUAAAAUAACUUACAUAUUUAUUUAUUACGCACAUAAGCACUUAUCACGAGAGAAUGUCAUUGUAAUCAAUCCACAAAGACAUAAUAUAACUGCAAAAUGGCAUAAAACUUUGAAAGUUAACUACAUGUUAAGUUGGUACACAUAGAUGUACCUACCUGAUGUACCUACCUACAUCGAUGAAUAAAAUGAAAUGCACCAGAAAUAGGCACAAACAUAUUUUGGCUGCAUCUGAAUUAGAUCCCAUAUAUGAAAAUUGACAUCCGAAUUGAUUCCCGAAAUUUUGAAACAGUUGUAAACCAAGAAAUGUGAUAUUAUAAUUUGGAAAAUUCGAAAACAUUUUUCAUUCUUUUGGCAUUUUAAAGGAUUUUUAAACUGAAAUAUACAUUAAACUAUUAACUUGGCAAAACGUAUAAUUUAAAAAAGUUAAAACUAAAGAAAUAUAUAAAUGUCGACAACAUGACAUUUUUGAAUAAGAACCUAUUUAAAAAAAAUAUCUUUUUUUUUUUAAUUUUUACUUUGUCAGUACUUUUCUUAAAUUAUGUAUGAUUUUAAUUUUAUUAAUAUUUAUUGACAGUUAAUUUAUAAUAACGUUACAUAAUAUAACCUUUAUUUAAAAAAAUAAAUAAUAGGUAGGUAAUAUUAAAAUGAUGUUGAAAAAUUGAAUAUUAAGUUAAUCUGGGGUUUAAUUUCGAUGUGCUCUGUAAACAACCCGGGAACUAAUUCGGAUUUACCAAAACAUUUUUUCUUUCUUAUUUAUACGAAGCACCUUUUUCUUACCUAACGGUUCAGUAAAUACCUACCUGUCUAGAUAGGUACGUAACCAUAUUAUAAGUACCACUAAAACAUAUACAUAUACGUUUUUUGUGCUUGAUAUACUUUAAACAUUUUCACUGGAUAAACUAUUAUAUAGUGAACUUAGAUCAGUCAAAGUACUAAUGUAAUAUUUUAACAUCGCAUAAUAUAAUAAGCAUUAUAUUGUACAACGUAUAACUUACCUUAAAGUACAUUAACUAAUCUUAGAGUAAAAUAUUUUCCAUUGAUUUAUCUAUUUAUUAUUUUUUUUUUUAAUGCGAUAUAUCAUUGUUUAAUUAAAAAUAAUAUAUAUAAUUGUAAAAUGUUAUUUUAUCCUAUAUAGUUUCACAUACAUCAACCUUAGUCCUUAGAUUUCAACUCAUUAAAAUGUUUUAUACAUUUUUUUUAAAUUUAAUUUUAUUGUAAUAAAUAAUAUUAUUUUAUAUAAUAUACAAUGGCGUAUUUAUACUUAGGUUUCAUAAAAAUGUUGGGUAACUUUAGGAUGUUUUACUUAUUUUAACUUAAAUACGUUAUAAAGUUUCAUUAGAUGAUGCGUAUCUCCUUUUGUUUUCAGGGCAAACAAAUCGGCAAUUAUUAAAAAAAAUUACCUUAUUGUAAUUAUAUGAGUAAAGAGCUUUUUACGACUUAAAUAGUCGUUUUAAAUAUUUAAACCACAACUAAGUAAUAUUUGUUAAAUAUGUCAUUGUAUAAAUCGUAUCGGUACAAAUAUAUACUAUGUACCUACCUAUAUUAUGUUAUGUAACAAUACAUGUUAUACGGUUUAUGUAAUAUUUUAUUUUUUAACAUGUUUUCUAGAAAAAAAAACAUUUUAUAAUAAGCGCCUUAUAUUUGCACAGGAUUACUAAUAUAACAUAAUAUUAAUUGUUGACAUUCGUUGAAUGUGUGACCUACAGAAAAAUGUUCACUUAGUAUGUGGCAUACAGUACUAAAUUUUACACAAAUAUUUUAUUAAAUAGAGUAACUACUAAGUAAUGUAGCUAAUUUGCUGGAUAUUUUAUAAUAAAGUUUAUUGCAUAAACAAAUUAGACUAGACUAAUGGUUAUUGUUUACUAUACAUCUACACAAAUAGUUCAAUUUCAACAGAAUAGUUGUAAUGAUUGCAUAUUUUCGUAUGUUUUAUUUUUAAAAAAAAAUGUUCUAAUAACAGUGGCCGAAUUUUAUUCUAUAGUUUAUAACAGAAUCACAGUCAUUGCGUUAUUACAAAAAUAUUGUCUUAUCCUUCUACAUUUUAACUGGUUUUAUCAUUAUAGAAAUGUAUGUUUGGUAUGUUGUACUCAUUUCAAUACUAUGAAACCUAUGAGUGAGUAUGUUAAAAUGUAUAACACAUUCCUAGAAAGAAGACGUAAAUUAAAAUCGAGGAUAUAUUUUAUUAUUGAGGAAGCAAGCUGAAAAGGUAACUGAAUUUAUUUCAGAUAAAGAAAACACUAGCAAACUAGGAAUGACUAGAAACAAUGCUUAGCGUAUUGAAGGAUUAUGAGAUUUUGGCGUGAGUUGGAGAGAAGACAAUAAUUUCUGUUUAUGCCAUGUUGGGUUUGUUUCACUAAUUAAUUCCAAGGAUUUAAAAUUAAGUAUUGGCUAAUAGAUACAACUGUUAAAUUGGGAUAGUGAGAAUCGUAUGCAAAUCUCUAACCUUUAACUUAUAAUAAUAAUCAUUUGAAAAAUUCUUUUAGUCCAAACACAUAAGCAAUUGAGGUAGUGUAGUGUGUUAAAUUAACAAUGUACGUAAAAUGCAUGAUACCACCUCAGAAUUAUAAUCGGGGCACUUGAUUGACUCGUGACAUCAACUACUAAUUAAAAUAGUAAUGAUUUAAAUUAUAUAAAUAUUGCAUUCCAUAUAAGUAUAUAUAUAUUAGAAAACUUUUAUUUUUUGUUUAUGCAAAAUUAUAAUUCUUAAGAAAAAAAUGUACAUUUAAUUGUAUUAUUUUUAAAAUAUAUAAAAUAUUUGUAUAAUAUACAUUUUUAGUGCUUAGCUAAAAAUAUUGUAUUAUUUAUCUUAUGUUCAUAAAAUGAACGUGUAAUAAAAAAUUACAUAGUUGAUAUCUUUAGAUACUUUUUGUAAGUCACACAUUCAAUGGAUUUCUUAAUUAUUUUCAUAAACUAAGAACUCCACAUAUUGUUAUAAAUGGUGAUACACGAUUGAGAAUGGGUAAAUGGCACGAUUGCGAUCAACUCUACCUGUCCUUUUCUAUAAGACUUUGCCGAAUCGUACAUAGGUAAUAUACAACUUAGGACAUACAAUAAUAUAAAAAAUGGAAUACAUUAGUCGGAAAUAUUUAAAAACCUAUAUUCUAUUCAAUAUUUAUUUUCUAAUGAUUAUUAUGAAUUAGUAUGAACAUAAAAAAUGUGAUUACUAAGAAUUAUUAAAUUAUCAACUAAAUGAGUUGUGCAAUUACACAACUCAUUUUUAUCAUUCAUAAUUCGAGACUUGUCUCGAAGGGGGGAAAUAAUUGUUUUUAAUCAAACCUUGGAUUUAUACUAAUGGUUUUUGUGUCCUAUGAUACGGUAAAAAUACGAUCUAUCAUGCAAUGUCGCACGAAAAAAAGACAAAAACUAUAAAAAUUAACACGAUUGUGAAUUAGAAUAAGAAUUUUCAAAAUUGUUUAUCAUGUAAAAAAAUGUCUAUAAUCGUGCGCAUUCGUGUUACAAAAAAAAAAAGGUAACACAAUCGCAAUCGUGUUUUACCAGUUAAAAUACAUAAACGUUUUGGUGAAUGUACAUUAUAUAAAUUGAUAAAUAUUAAAUACUCGUUGAUCAACAAUUAUUUAUUUGUCAAUCAUUGUGUGAAAACAGUAUGUUUUUGAAUUCAAACACCUUAAAAAAAUGUCAAAAAAUGUGCUCAAUAAUAUUAAUUGUUAUACUAUUUAGUAAAACAUUCUGUUUAAAUGAUUUACACGCACCAUGUCUAGUUAAAUAACAAUGAAAUAUUGUUAACAUUUCGCACUCCUUUUCGUUUGUAAUGUAUCAUAUGAAUAAGAAAAUUAUUAUUUAUUAUUUGAAAUAAAUUAGGUAUUACUAUAUUGUAUUGACGUCCAGAUCCACCAGCGUUGUUGGUUGUUAUUUUGAUAAUUGAUAAAUAAUUAUUAGAAAUAAUAGUAUAAUUAAAUUAUAAUAAAUCAAUGUUUUAUACUGUA